CCUUCCAUUGGCAAUCCAACUGUGCUCGUUCCCAACGGGACGGAACUCGACUCAAGCCGGCACCGGACUUGGUUAGUGUUGUUUACUCGCGCGGACAGUUCGCCGCACUGGCACCGUUUCUCUUUGGAGAAUUCGUUUCGAUCCGACAGUACGAUGACUGUCAAUUAAAAAUCGAAGGAGAUUAAUGGCACGCUUGUCCGUGGACAACCGAUGAGAGGCAAAGGGCGUCCGAACGCGAUAUCGAGGAAGAUAUACGAUUCAAUUGAGUAAGCAGACACCUUUCGCGAUUGUAGGAAGCUGAGAACAAAGCAGGACGAAGAGCGAAGAAAGUGUGAAGCCAAGGGAAAGUAGAAGGAAGGGAUGAACGAAUCGAGAUGGGGAAAGCGACAAUUAUCCAUCGAGGCAAUGGCUUCGUCCCUGUAAGUUUGAUUCUCGCCGGUUUAGCGAUAUUCCCCUGUCGGGGAAUCACGACUCAGACCGACCAGGAUACCCACAAACAACGCGAAACGCCUAUGCACAAGGUUCUGCUCACUCAGAAGGGAUACAUACAGUUCCUAAGAUGGGAGUUGCCGGUGCCAGAAAUGACAGAGUUUACGUUUUGCCUGUGGCUACAGUCCAACGACCUCACUCACCCUCAUUCCAUAUUCUCCUAUUCGAAAAACGAGCGCGACCGUCUAGUACGGGCGUGGAUAUCGCCGCACGGGAGGAGCGUCCACCUGGAAAUCGGUGGGAAGGUGGUGUUCGCGACGGCGACCGACAUUCACGAGAAUCGCUGGUACCACGUGUGUCAGAGCUGGGAGAAUCAGGACGGUCUGUACGCUCUGUGGGUCAACGGACAGCUCCGGGUUCAAGGCCACUCGGAAGAGACGGUAGGCCACGUGAUACCCAGCGGAGGCGACAUAGUAGUGGGCCAAGAAUACACAGACUUCGACAAAGGCCUGGAGGACGGCAUCGAGGGGGCGGUUUUGGGCUUCAAUCUCCUCCUAGCCUCGGCCUUCGAUCACCAUACGAAGGGCUCUGAAAAAGAACACUUCCGGAACGUGAUUCCCCUACCCUCUGUUUCCAAUCGCGCCUUGGCCCCCCUUUCCGCUAGAAUACCAACCAAAGUGAUGCAACGCAACGGCGACUACGGAAUGCGCACGAUCUACGCUGUUUUCCCGAUCUACGGUCGACGAGUUCGGCGCUAUACGGUCGACGACGCGUCCUUGCACUCGAGAACUAUCGCCAAAGCGAUCGCUCGAGAAACAAUCGAUCCUCGGCCACCGACUAGAAGGAUCGCAAGGUCUAAGCUGGGAAACCCGCCCCUCGGGCUGCAAUUAGUGAAAUUGUCAUACGUCCGCUGCGAAAUCGGCAGAGGAAGCCCCUUCCUCGGCGGUCCUUUGAUGUUGAUUUCGUGGACCAGAACUCCUGUGCGCGUGUUCGGCGGAGCCAUUCUGAAGAACGUCAACAGCGACUGCGGGAAUUUCUGAGAAACCUGAGAGGCCCGAAGCGUUUCAAGGCUUCGCGAAUCGCCGAGGAAUGGCGAAACGUUCGCUCGACUGUGAUCGAAAUUGCUCCGGAUUGGAGCUGGAAGUCGGUUCCAAAUGUGGGAAAGGCGUUUUGAUAUUGGCGCUGCUAGUCUACUGGAUCGUGUGGCGCGUUAUAGUCGUUUCCGACUAUUUUGGCUAACUAGACCCACUUUCCCGUCGUUUGGGGCCGCUCUAGUUUCUUGUAACUUUCAUGAUGUUGUAGUGUACUUUCUGAGAUAGAAAUAGACCCGUUUGGAUUGAUAGGAGUGUUACAAGAUUUAUCGAAGAGUAACUUAGAGGAAAUGCUGUUUCUAGGGAGGAGAACAGUCAAGAACUCUUUUAGAUUAAAUUAACCCUUUGCGGUCGUACUAAAUGUAGACAUGGGUGUCGUGCUGGUCGGAAUUAAUUUUCGAAGAACGAGCAGUGAUACAUAGUAUGCAUGAUUAUGAAGGACAAACAAGAUUUAUUCAUUCUUUCAUGAACUUUAGAUGUAUGUUUACAUAAUAAUGUGUUUUAAUGUAAUGUUUUUAUGUAAAAAUUAUAUUUUAUGGAUUCCCAUUUUGGAGUAUCGUUUUUGAAAUAUUUUAAGAAGCGAGAAUGCAUAAAUAUAUUUAAACACAAUUCGAAGUAUCAUCGACUAUUUGGUAUUUAUUGGAAUCUGUUACAGAAAAAGUAACAAUAUUCAAUAUUUUUGUCUUUGAAAAAUGUAAUAUGUAGAUACAUAUUUCACCCAAUGAUUCAUAUCGUCUUGUAUAGCUGAUAAUUACUAACAUUCUUAUCACGUAUUUUAGAUCACUUUCUACUAAUUUAUUAUUACACUAAUAUCUUAGAAUCUAUUACUAUUGUCUAAUGGCUUAAAUCUUUUUAAUCUACAAAAUACAAUAUAAGAUUAGUAUGGUUCUUUGCUGUGGUGGCUGAGAGUAGACAUACGACCGGAACGGUAAACAAAUCUUUGGUGGUUAAGAGUGACAUACAACCACAAAGGGUUAAAGGAUGACUGUAUAUCUUGUAUGAUAAAUCAAUUACUGUUUGGCAGUGCCUGUGAUGGUUGAAUCUAUAUUGAUUUUUAACAUUAAUACUACCGAUGUCGAAGCAUAUUUAUCAUGUAUCUU